AACCGCCACAUCAAUGAUCAAUCCAGCAUCUGACACAUCAGAUUGAUCAAUGGUUCACUACAUUUGCGCCACAUUGGUCGACCGGAUAUAAGGCGAGCAGUCUUUCUUGUCAUAUUAGUGUUUUCCACCUCAGUAAUAGUUCUGCUCAGUCAGUGUUAUCAUCGAACACCUACCAUCAUGUCCCCUGCUGGCGAGACUGACCCAUCGUCUACUCCGCCACGCGCGAAUGCACCAGUUGAAGGUGAUAUUAAAUUAGAAUCCACCCCCAACAGUCGUGGGGCUUCGGUCGUCAGCGAGCACAUCGACUUGGUCGGUGUCCAGGUCAAGGAUGUCCGCCCAUGGAUUCAACGGGACAUCGAGCAGGCCAAGCAGUGCAAGGCAGAUGCUAUGCUGCAAGCCCUCCUGCAGCGCGCGUCCUGCGCGCCGGAGACGAAGCAACCCGAGCUUCUGCAAAAGUGUCUUGAGGCAGUUCUACCGGUUUGUAAUGGUGAGGUCUCUGCUGGAGGCGUGUCCUCCUCGGGCAUCGAGACAGCCCUGAAAGAAUACGUACGUCCAGGAAUAGAAAACAAGUUCUACAGCCCUUUUAUUCAGGCCACCAAUAUCGCGCUCGCUUGUCUUGAAGAAAUUAAGGUCGACGGAAUGGAUGCUCCUGCCACCACCGUGGACAUGAUCUGCCAGCAAAACGAUAUGCCCAUGUACCAAACCCACAAGACGCUGACAUCGGUUCGGAAGCCCGACGUCGUGAUGAUUCCUUUGAACAACGCACGUGCUUCCUUCGAGGAUGAGAAGGGCGGCAAGAAGGGCGAUCAGAAGGCCAAACAAAGGGCCGACCACAAGGACGACACAAAGGACGGUCAGGAGCGCAAGGAUCACAUGGUCAAGAAUGCAAUGGAAAAGCCGCGAACACCACUCUUCUGGAAAGAUAUUCUAGGUUCCAUCGAGUUCAAGAGAAAGACCCCCGGGAGGACGAAAGGGAUUAAGCCACCGCCCUCUUCGUAUACAGUGACAGACUAUGUCCCUACUAAGCCAGAAUAUCUGCCGGUGGAUCACCUUAAGGCUGGAGAAUCGGCGCCAGGCCUUUCGCAGACCCCACCAACACAACCUGCGCCUGACACCACACCAGUUCGAUCUUCUGCACAGCCCUCCAAGGGUGGGUCCAGCUCCAAGCGGAAGGCCGCGGACACUUUGCAAUCCGUCACAAAAAAAUUCAAGGCCAACCCUGAUGAGUUAGAUGUGACCGUCCAGACAGGUCUGUACGCCGCCGAAAUGUUUGCGGCCAAUCUUGCUGUCGAAUAUCUCAUUAGUUUUAUUGUCGUCGACGAUGUGAUCUGGAUCUGGUAUUAUGAUCGCCAGGGCACCGUCCAAUGCUCGGGCAUCAACUUCAUUCAAGAUCUCCCGCGAUUCAUGGUGCUGUUGUAUGCGUUACAGCGCUUCGAGGUUCACGAUUGGGGCCGAAACAAUGACUUCCUCCCAGUUCAAGUUGAGGGGAAACAAUGCCAUGAAUUCAAAGUCAAGGAUAAAGAUUUUGGUACAGUAGAUCUGCUGCUUCACACCAGCCAUGACGAAAGGGUGACGCACUACGGACUACAAGGACGGGCCACCAAUGUAGUCCCUGUCACUAGUGAAGCGCUCGCGAAGAAAUACGGCAAUUUGCAGGAUGGGAUGGUGGCCAAGAUAUUCUGGGGAGAGGCGGAUCGCACUAGCGAGCCAACAAUCUUGAGCAAAGUUGAGGAGAUCGCCAAUGUGCACCCGACCGUCCAAGGACAUAUUCCUGAGCUGCUCUGGCACCACAGGUUCACGAAUCCCACGUCCGCCAUGCGAGAAGCGCUCGGUGUUCCGGAACCUACAACGGGAAGUCGUGUGCUCUACAUUCUUGUAUUCCGCAAGCUACUCCCCAUCACGAAGCUUCACGGAAAAGAGCUUUUCGAUGUCUGGCGUCAGUGUAUGUUGUGCCAUCUGACUUUAUGGAAAGAAGGUGUCUAUCAUCGCGAUGUCAGCCCUGGAAAUUUGAUGUGGUACUGGAAAGACGGGAAGCGGAUCGGUGUCCUGAACGACUACGAUUUAUCCUCGUUGGAGGGUGACCGAGGUCCUCGGGGCAACGAACGCACGGGCACAGUACCGUUCAUGGCGCUUGAUCUUCUAUCCGCAAAGGCUCAACGAGGCGAAGUCAAACACCUGUAUCGCCAUGAUCUGGAGUCAUUUGUAUGGGUUUUUAUUUGGAUUUGCCUGCGUUACAGGCAGGGUGUUCUUUUACCAGCGGAAUCACGCCCCUUGGAUGAGUGGGCGACAUUACAUGCUGUGACGUGCGGGGAGAAGAAAUAUUUUUUUCUUGGUCACCUGCGAGUUUACUACCCCUCGGACAUCGAUUCACGCAUAGGGAUUUUCCUUGUGGAGUGUGUGCAAGUGCUUCGAGAAGACGUUCACCGUCGAUCUGCUCGCCUCGAUCGGCUAAUGGCCCAAGGAGUAGCCGAGCUGCCCGACGACGAGCAAAUGGAAGAUAAAGAUAUCGAUGGUUUUCUACGCAUGUUUACAGACCUGCCGAGCUGGGGUGAGCUCGACAACCUCUCACAGUGAUUUCUUUACUUGUACAUACGGUUCCUUUGCGGAUUGCAGUAUGUGUAACCUCCAGUUGUUUAUAGAUGGAAUAUUCUAAGCAGCCACUUGCUAUGUAGAUCUUAUCAAUAAUAUUCUAUGAAUCAUCAUGUUGGGCGUCUCCAGCUUAGUCGGAGAGACUCGGACUAAAUGUUCGGUAGCAUGUCAUCUUAUAGCCUCAUCUCAUACCAUGCCUUAUUCGCUGUCUCUGCGCUGCGCGCUCCUCGGCCUAGUCGAACGGGCAAAGUUAGUAUUCUUGUGCCUGGGACUGUGCAACUCGUUCCACAACUUUAAAAAUGCUUUUGUCCCACACGAUCCUGCA